UGGCGAUGGCGAGGGUGACGUCCCGCACCGCCGCGGGGCUGGGGCCCAGGCUGCUGCUGCUGCUGCCACUGCUGGGCGAAGCUCCCCUGGGCCUGUACUUCUCGAGGGAUGCCUACUGGGAGAAGCUGUACGUGGACCAGCCAGCUGGCACACCCCUGCUCUAUGUCCACGCCCUGCGGGACGCCCCCGGCGAGGUUCCCAGCUUCCGCCUGGGCCAGCACCUCUAUGGCACCUAUAGCACGCGACUGCAUGAGAACGAGUGGAUCCGCAUCCAAGAGGACACGGGCCUCCUCUACCUCAACCGGAGCCUGGACCGCAGCUCCUGGGAACAGCUCAACAGCCGCAAUGGUGGCUUCUCCUCGCUCACUGUCUUCCUCCAAGUCUUCUUGGGGCCCACAGUCCUGCGUGAAUGCCAGUGGCCGGGCUGCGCCCGCGUGUACUUCUCCAUCAAUAGCUCCUCCUUCCCGGCCUGCAGCGCUCUCACACCCCGCGAGCUCUGCUUCCCGGAGACAGAUCUGUCCUUCCGUAUCAGAGAGAACAGGCCCCCUGGCACCUUCCACCAGUUUCGCCUGCUGCCUGUGCAGUUCCUUUGCCCCAACAUCAGCGUGGCCUACGGGCUUCUGGAAGGUGAGAGACUGCCCUUCCGCUGUGACCCAGACAGCCUGGAAGUGAGCGCGCGCAGGGCCCUGGACCGGGAACGGCAGGAGAAGUACGAUCUGGUGGCGCAGUGCACGGUACACGCCGGUACCCAUGAGGAGAAGGUGAUGGUGCCUUUCCUCGUCACCGUGCAUGACGAGGACGACUCGGCCCCCACCUUCCCUGGAGGGGUGGACACCGCCAGCGCCGUAGUGGAGUUUAGGCGAAAGGAGGGCACUGUCGUGGCCACACUGCGAGUGUUUGAUGCAGAUGUGGUGCCGGCAUCCGGGGAGCUGGUGCGACGCUACACCAGCGCGCUGCUCACGGAGGACUCCUGGGCCCAGCAGACCUUCCGAGUGGAGCAUUCGCCCAACGAGACCUUGGCCCAAGCCAACGGCAGCUUCGUGCGGGCAACUAUGCAUGACUACAAGCUGGUUCUCAACCGGAGCAUCCCCAUCGUAGAGAGCCGAGUCCUGAACCUGGUGGUCCUGGUCAAUGACUCCGACUUCCAGGGCCCGGGGUCAGGUGUCGUCCACCUUCAUUUCAACGUGUCUGUGCUGCCGGUCACCCUGCGCCUGCCCGCCGCCUACUCCUUCUCUGUGAACAGGAGGGCCCACCGAUAUGCCCAGAUUGGGAAGGUCUGUGUGGAAAACUGCCAGGAGUUUAGUGGCAUCCACGUCCAGUACAAGCUGCAGCCCUCCAGCACCAACUGCAGUGCCCUGGGGAUAGUCACCUCGGCCGAGGACACCUCCGGGAUACUGUUUGUGAAUGACACAGAGGCCCUGCAACGAGCCGAAUGCGCCGAGCUCCAGUACACGGUGGUGGCUACUGACCGGCAGACCCGCAGUCAAGCCCAGGCCUCGCUGCUCGUCACCGUGGAAGGGACAUACCUGCCCGAGAAAGCGAACUGCCCGUGGUCCUGCUCCGUGAACAAGAGGCAGCCUGAGUGUGAGGAGUGUGGUGGCCUGGGCUCCCCGACGGGCACGUGCGAGUGGCGCCAGGGAGACGGCAAAGGAAUCACCAGGAACUUCUCCACCUGCUCCCCCAGCAUUAGGACCUGCCCCGACGGCCACUGUGAUGCUGUGGAGAGCCGGAAUGCCCACAUCUGCCCCCAGGACUGCCUCCGUGGCAGCAUUGUUGGGGGACAUGAGCCAGGGGAGCGUCGGGGGAUCAAAGCUGGCUAUGGCAUCUGCAACUGCUUCCCUGAGGAGAAGAAGUGUUUCUGCGAGCCAGAGGACAGUCAGGGCCCGCUGUGUGAUGAGCUGUGCCGCACGGUGGUCACCGCCGCCGUCCUCUUCUCCUUCAUCGUGUCCAUCCUGCUGUCCACCUUCUGCGUCCACCGCUACCACAAGCACGCCCACAAGCCGCCCAUCGCCUCAGCAGAGAUGACCUUCUGCAGGCCCACCCAGGCCUUCCCCAUCAGCUAUUCCUCCUCGGGCAACCGAAGGGCCUCGCUGGAUUCCAUGGAGAACCAGGUGUCUGUGGACGCCUUCAAGAUCCCGGAGGACCCAAAGUGGGAAUUUCCUCGGAAGAACUUGGUUCUUGGGAAAACCCUAGGAGAAGGCGAGUUUGGCAAAGUAGUCAAGGCCACAGCCUUCCGUCUGAAGGGCAGAGCAGGCUACACCACCGUGGCCGUGAAGAUGUUGAAAGAGAAUGCCUCACCGAGCGAGCUCCGGGACCUGCUGUCUGAGUUCAACCUCUUGAAGCAGGUCAACCACCCACACGUCAUCAAGCUGUAUGGAGCCUGUAGCCAGGACGGACCGCUCCUCCUCAUUGUGGAGUAUGCCAAGUACGGCUCCCUGAGGGGAUUCCUCCGAGACAGUCGCAAGGUGGGGCCCGGCUACAUGGGCAGCAGAGGCAGCCGCAACUCCAGCUCCUUAGACCACCCGGACGAGCGAGUGCUGACCAUGGGAGACCUCAUCUCCUUCGCCUGGCAGAUCUCUAGAGGCAUGCAGUACCUGGCCGAGAUGAAGCUGGUCCAUCGGGACUUGGCAGCCAGGAAUAUCCUAGUGGCUGAGGGGAGGAAGAUGAAGAUCUCCGACUUCGGACUGUCCCGAGAUGUUUAUGAAGAGGAUUCCUAUGUGAAGAGGAGCAAGGGCCGGAUUCCUGUCAAGUGGAUGGCAAUUGAGUCUCUUUUUGAUCAUAUCUACACCACCCAGAGUGACGUGUGGUCCUUUGGGGUCCUGCUAUGGGAAAUUGUGACCCUGGGAGGCAAUCCCUACCCUGGAAUCCCUCCUGAGCGGCUCUUCAACCUUCUGAAGACGGGCCACCGGAUGGAGAGGCCAGACAACUGUAGUGAGGAAAUGUACGGUCUGAUGCUGCAGUGCUGGAAGCAGGAGCCGGACAAGAGGCCAGUGUUUGCCGACAUCAGCAAGGACCUGGAGAAGAUGAUGGUCAAAAGCAGAGAUUACUUGGACCUGGCCGCGUCCACCCCAUCUGACUCUCUGCUUUAUGACGAUGGCCUCUCGGAAGAGGAGACGCCGCUGGUGGACUGUAACACUGCUCCCCUCCCGCGCUCCCUCCCUUCCACAUGGAUUGAAAACAAACUUUAUGGCAUGUCAGACCCGAACUGGCCCGGAGAGAGUCCUGUACCACUCACGAGAGCCGAUGGCACUAACACUGGGUUCCCAAGAUAUGCAAAUGAUAGUGUAUAUGCUAACUGGAUGGUUUCACCCUCAGCGGCAAAAUUAAUGGACACAUUUGAUAGCUAACAUUUCUUUGUGAAAGGUAACGGACUCACGAGGGGGAAAGGAACAUGCCCGAGGCGCCAAAUCCGCCGGCUCCUCGGUGCGCGUCACAGUGGUGGAGCCAAGGACAGCUCCCAGGUGGCAGACUUAUUUCCUGUAGUUUAAACUGGUUUCCAAAGUGGUUUCACUUUUCAAUAGCUGGUGAUUUUUUUUUCCCCCCUCCUAGCAGACUUGCCCCACUGGAUGGGUGCUCUGAGCCUCAGUAGUUUUCCUUUUAGCAUUGGGUAGCACCCCUGUUCAGUCUCCAUCCAUUGACAGCCACCAUCUGUCUACUCAGUGUUAACAUGCGUGGGUCUGCCACUCGCUGCUGUGUAUGAGAACUUGUACCCGAACCGUUUUGUUUUUUCUGGUUGCCACCACCAAACAUGCAAAAAAAAAAAAAAAGUUUUAAACAUGAAGCACACAUAACUAAAAGAGUAGGGAAAAAAAAGAACUGGCCAGAAUGACCUGCCCUUGUUUAGAAUAAGAGCCUGCAAGGCCCAAGUGGUGGCAUCCAGGUCCCAUCAGGGCUAUAGGGGCGGAGAGGACCUCAACACAGUCCUCCUCGGCUCAGCAUUUGAGAUCUUGAAAAUGUCUAUUUUUAAGUCGUGUAGCCAACUCUUAGGAAGACAUUUUGGUUUUAUCACGAUUCAAUGGUUCUUAGACUUAGCACAAAGGAGAGAUCUGAUGACGUCCUUGCUGUGUCCACGGCAGCUUGGAGGAGGUGGUCCUGCGGCACAUCUUCCCCCACCGCUUGCUCCCCUGUCAUUACAUGUUCAGUACUGACUGACCACUACGCACUGGCCCACUGACUGACCACCUGAGCAGGACAGGAUGAAGAGUUGGGGGCAUUUGGAGUCGAGUGGCCUCCAGAGACCCAGGAUUGUUGGUGGCAGAAGCUUCGGGAUGCCAUUGCCACCAUCACCUCUACCAGUCCUCCAGUACACCCCACCACCAGAGAGUUCAUCCCCCUUCUGCAUCAGGGGCAGGUGGGUUUGUCUCAUUUAAACUGGUGUCCUUACCAUCUCACUCCUAAAGGGACAAUCCGUACAGUUGCGUUAGAGGCAGCAUUGACAUCAGCUGAGGACUGACUGCUACAACCACCCGCCUGCCCCCCGUUACAGUUCUAAUGUGGAAAGACAAGGUUUUGGCUCUUAUAGAGCUUGUGUGAAAGGCACACGGCUCAGCUGUUCUUGUAUCUGUCGUUCAAUGCUGCCACAGCAAGAUGGUUGGGGUUCCUCAAUUCUGAUCAUGACUCGGACGAAACGUUCUUUCUUUCUUCACCAUUGGUUUGUGGCCACAGACACUCCUCCAGGCUCUUAGGAAGUCCCAGCAGCUCCUCCGGCUGUCACAGGACUGUCACUUCACAGGAAAGGGUCAUAUUACCAAAACACUGCCUGGUCUUCAGACAUAAAGCACUGUGAUAGGAUUUUUAAAUAGUUUCAGUAAAAAAAAAAAAAAAUACUAUAUUUUAAGGGCAUUUCACAAAA